GCAGGCACAGGGACGAAGCAGGUUCCUCCGUUGACGGCGAAUACCAAGACUCACUUUUAAGCUCUCUUUUCAAGUCAAUCAUGAAAUAUCACAGAAACAAUCUCAAUUAUUUCUAUCUCUCUCACUACUCAACCCAAUCAUCUUCUUCCUUUAACAACCACACUUCUAUAACUUUCCCACUAACUCCACCAUUUUCCAUAUAAAUACCCCAUUCACUCACUCAAACUUCCAUCACAACUCUCCAAUGGCACUACAAUUCCCAUCACCCAAUUGGCCUUCUACAGCUCCAGCUUUUCUCGCAGCCUUUCUUCUUCUCCUCCUCUUCCUCCGCCGUCUCCGCCGCCCCCGAUACAACCUGCCCCCGGGCCCAAAGCCCUGGCCCGUUAUAGGCAAUCUCAACCUAAUCGGUUCCCUCCCGCACCGCUCCAUCCACGAGCUCAGUCAAAAAUACGGGCCCAUCCUUCACGUCUGGUUCGGGUCAAAUCCGGUGGUGGUAGGCUCGUCUGUGGAAAUGGCAAAGGCCAUUCUGAAAACUAACGACGCCACCCUCGCCGGCAGGCCCAAAUUCUCUGCUGGAAAAUACACAACCUAUAACUACUCCGACAUAACUUGGUCCCAGUACGGCCCCUACUGGCGCCAGGCCCGUAGAAUGUGCUUGAUGGAGUUGUUCAGUGCAAAACGGCUGGAAGAAUACGAAUACAUUAGAAAAGAAGAGUUGCGUGGUCUGCUUAACCAUCUCUUCAAUUCCGCAAACAAAACAGUUUUAAUAAAAGACCACCUUUCCAGUUUGAGUCUGAACGUCAUAAGUCGCAUGGUGUUGGGGAAGAAGUACCUGGAAGAGUCCGAAAACGCCAUCGUUUCGCCCGAGGAGUUUAAAAAGAUGCUUGACGAGCUGUUUUUGCUUAAUGGGGUGUUGAACAUUGGAGACUUUAUUCCUUGGAUUAACUUCCUUGACCUGCAGGGUUACAUAAAGAGGAUGAAGACUCUCAGCAAGAAGUUCGACAGGUUCAUGGAACAUGUCUUGGACGAACAUAUUGAGAGGAAGAAAGGUGUUAAGGAUUAUGUCGCAAAGGACAUGGUCGAUCUUCUUCUACAACUUGCCGAAGAUCCUACUCUUGAGGUGAAGCUUGAGAGGCAUGGCGUCAAAGCUUUUACUCAGGACCUAAUAGCAGGUGGGACUGAGAGUUCUGCUGUAACAGUAGAAUGGGCAAUAUCAGAGCUACUGAGAAGACCAGAGAUUUUCAAGAAGGCAACAGAGGAACUAGACAGGGUAAUAGGAAGAGAAAGAUGGGUAGAAGAGAAGGACAUUGUGAAUUUACCUUAUGUUAAUGCAAUAUCAAAGGAAGUGAUGAGGUUGCACCCUGUGGCACCAAUGUUGGUGCCAAGAAUGGCAAGAGAGGAUUGCCAUGUUGGAGGGUAUGACAUCCCUAAAGGGACUCAAGUGCUUGUGAAUGUAUGGACCAUUGGAAGAGAUCCUGCAAUUUGGGAGAACCCAAAUGAAUUCGAACCAGAGAGGUUUCUGGCUAAGGAGAUUGAUGUGAAAGGUCAUGACUAUGAGUUGCUGCCAUUUGGUGCUGGCAGAAGGAUGUGUCCAGGGUACCCUCUUGGUCUUAAGGUCAUUCAAGCAAGUUUGGCCAACCUCUUGCAUGGAUUCAACUGGAGACUGCCUCAGAAUGUGAAGAAAGAGGAUUUGAACAUGGAUGAGAUUUUUGGGUUGUCUACACCUAAGAAAAUUCCUCUGGAAACAGUUCUUGAACCUAGACUUCCACACCAUCUUUAUUCUCUCUGAGAAAUGCAUCUGGCUAUAGCUUUUCUCUCUAGUAUCAUCAUAGGAAUAAAGGGUCUUGUCUUGUUUAAUGUUUGAUCACAAAAAAAUUUCUGUUUUAUGUUUGCUGCAAUAGAAUCAUGAUGUAAUGAGUGCAAUAACACAUGUAUAAGUUGAAGUAGUCAAAUAUGUUUUACACCUUUUCAUAUAGAAA